CUGCAGUCACCCCGGCUCCGGGCCCGCCCCGCAGGCCCCUGGCGCCCGCCCCGGGAUGGCCCCAGCCCUGGCCCACAGCCGCCGCCUUCUCCGGCUCCCUGGAGCUCUCCUGCUGCUGCUCCCGCUGCUGCUCCCGCCCCCGCACCGGGUCCUGGCUCGGCCGCCCCCGCCACUGCCCGACUCAGCACUCAAAGAGGAUGGACCUUGGCUUGAGGGUGUCCCCAAGGCCACAGCCUCUGCUGCAGUCUUCUCCAUGCAAGCUGCCCCUCAGUGGGCCAUGGCUCAGGGCCGUCCCCGCUGUGGUGUGCCCAACGUGCCUCGUGGAUCACACCUCCAGAACCGGCAAAAACGCUUUGUGCUGUCUGGUGGGCGCUGGGAGAAGGUCAACCUCACCUACAGAAUCAUGCGGUUCCCCUGGCAGCUGGUCAAGGAGCAAGUCCAGCAGAUGAUGGCUGAGGCCUUACGGGUAUGGAGCGAUGUGACCCCACUUACCUUCACGGAGGUGCAAGAAGGCAGGGCGGACAUCAUGAUUGACUUCACUAGGUACUGGCAUGGAGACAAUCUGCCUUUCGAUGGCCCUGGAGGCAUUUUGGCUCAUGCCUUCUUUCCCAAGACCCACCGGGAGGGGGAUGUGCACUUUGACUAUGAUGAGUCCUGGACCAUUGGGAACAACCUGGGCACAGACCUGCUCCAGGUGGCUGCUCAUGAGUUCGGCCACGUGCUGGGCCUACAGCACUCAACCGAAGCCAAAGCUCUGAUGUCCCCCUUCUACACUUUCCGCUACCCUCUGAGCCUGAGCCCAGACGACCAGCAGGGGAUCCAGCACCUCUAUGGACGGCGGCUUGGACCUCAGCCCAGCCCAGAGCCCCAUCUGGACCAGGCCCCUCCAGCCCCGGGGCCCACCUGGCCCCACUCCAAAGUGCCUCCCCCUCCCCAGCCAGGCAACAUAGACACCAAUGAGAUCUCCUUAGAGCCAGACGCCUGUGACACAGACUUUGAUGCUGCGGCCACCAUCCGAGGAGAACUCUUCUUUUUCAAGUCGGGCUUUGUCUGGAGGCUGAGGGCUGGGCGGCUACAGCCUGGCUACCCGGCCCUGGCUUCUCGCCACUGGCAAGGCCUGCCCACCAGCCUCGACGCUGCCUUCGAGGAUCCACAGGGCAACAUUUGGUUUUUCCAGGGCUCUCAAUAUUGGGUGUAUGCUGGAGAGCAGCGUGUGCUGGGCCCGGCACCACUCUCUAACCUAGGUCUAACAAGCUCAGGCAUCCAUGCAGCACUGGUAUGGGGGACGGGAAGGAACAAAAUCUACUUCUUCCAUGGGGGCAGUUACUGGCGUUUCCACACCAGCACUCGGAGAGUUGAUGGCCUUUACCCGAGAAGGACCACUGACUGGCGAGGAGUACCCUCUGAGAUCAGUGCUGCCUUCCAAGACAGCCAUGGUUAUGCCUACUUCCUCCAUGGUCGCCAAUACUGGAAGUUUGACCCAGUAAAGGUGAGAGUCUUGGAGGGCUUCCCACGCCUCAUUGGCCAGGACUUCUUCAGCUGCGCUGGACCCACCACCCUUCCCUCCAAUGCCUUCCUCUAAGCACUGGCCUUGGAGGCCCUGCAUUCCCCCAGCCUUCUUUGGGAGCUGGCCUCCCGUGGGGAUGACACUGAACCAGACAGCACUAUUUAUUCCGGGAUGGAAAUGAAGCCCCUGGGAUGAGCUGGCUGGGCUCAGGCUCCCGAAUGCCCUCCACUGGAGGCAGCGGGCUGCCAGCUGGGCUUCCAUGCAGGCCUAUGGAGUCCUGUAGCCUGAGAGCCCAUGUGUUUGGAGGCAGAGAGACUCCAGGCCAUGCUGGUUGUGGCCUACACUGUCAGCUCUGUACUCUGCCUUCUCUUGUCAUUGUCUGGGUACAUCCUUUCAGAAUCUCACCGCCGGGACACCUGGCUCACCUGGGGACUUCUCAGAAGUGCUGGUUCUCUUUGGAUCUUCAGAGUCCACUCCACACUGGAGAGCUGCCUCUCCCCCUGGGCUGACUGCUGUCCCCAGGGGGAUAUGAUGGAAUGCCACGGAAGCAGCUUACCUUCCUGCCAGAGUCCUUUGACACCCACUCUUCCAGGGAGUGUUGAAUAUAUAAUGCUACCCUCCUUUUUUCCCCUCCAUCUACACCCAAAGCCUUCCUUCUUCCCCUAAGCGGUUUCUUUCUGAAUAGGGCAUGUCCAUCCUAAGCCAUGGAUCCCCGUUGAGGUGGGCUCAUCCUAUCCACUUAGUGAUCUCAGGAAGUGGGAUGUGGCCCCUCUUGGGCUAUCCCCUUGCUCUUGCUUGCUACCCACCUUUGGGCCUUACAGUAGGCCCUCCUGCCAACCAGGACGCCUGACCGUUGGCUGUACUUUCUAGCCCCUCCUGGCAUCCCAGGCAUCUUGGGAGGUUCCUGGCCAAUCCUGGGGACACACUCAGGCAGACGGUGGGCCUUUUGGCAUUCUGCUGUCCAUCAGGCCCCCUUAGCAGGGGGUUGCCACCACCAUCCAGCCUGCCUGAUUCCUCCUUUUCCUCCUGCUCCGUGUCCCGACCUUCCUGGAAACCCCAGGUCUCACCGGUGUGCCCCACUUCCCAGGACACUGGGCUUGCCCUUUUCGUGGUAGGAGAGAUGCCUAGCCAGGCCCCCAGCUCGGGAAUGCCUCCCUUGUGUUUCGGCUCCAGUUCGGCUCCCCUUCAGGUCCCCAUCCUCAGAAAGGGCAGCCCUUGUGUCCAGUCUGGAGAAGGCUGGUCCCUGUGAUUUCAUCCAACCCCCUGCAUGCAUGUACCGCUUGGCUGGCCUGAGGGCCCCACCCCCACCUCGUGCCCUCGGGCCUGUUUGAGCCAUGGGCUCCAAGGGGCAGCAGGCCCCAGAGGCCGAGCUCAAAGCAGGCCGCCUCCUCAUGCCAGGGCUGGUCCUUGUGGGCUCGCCUGGGCCCAGUCUGGUACAGCUGGCCCCCAGGCUCACAAGAGUUCUCUCGAGUUCUCCACACGCUCACCCGGGCUUGGGCCUCGCCCUUAAGAGGGGGCCUCCAGGGGAAACCUGAUUUUGCUCCCCAGGCCUGGAUACAGGCUCCGAUCUUGGCCCCAGGGCCUUCCCCUUUGGGGGCGGGCCUCCUGCCAAAGACAUGUAACUGUGCACAGUGUGGAUGGUGUCUUUUGUAUCGGUGGGCUGUCCAUUUGAUUAAACACGGCCUGUUUUCUGGUGGAAA